AAAUUUCCUUCAAACUUUCCCAGAAUUUUGAAUUGAAGCUAAGCGUCGGGUUAGCAGCUGAGGAGCACAUCCAAGAUCCACUGCAAUGGAUGAUCAUAAUUCGGACGAGUCAAAGCAAAACACUGCUGAUAUGACUGUUUUUGUGCAAAAUCUUCUUCAACAAAUGCAAUCUAGGUUUCAAACAAUGUCUGAUUCCAUUAUCACCAAGAUCGACGACAUGGGAAACCGUAUAAACGAGUUGGAGCAAAGCAUCAAUGACCUAAAAGCAGAGAUGGGAGUGGAUGGCUCCUCAUCCCCGUUAGAACCGUCAAAGCAAAAGUCGGAUGAAGCAAAGCAUGAUGAAGGCUCAGCAUAGAACUCGGCCAAAGACUAUAACUUCGAUGUUGAUUGUGAUUUUAGUUGGUUAUAACUGGUUUUGUUUGAGAAAACUAUUGUCGAGAAAGGGACAUUACUGGGAGUCCCAAUUGUCCUUUGUACUUGUAUUAAGUAUUUAUUCGAUGAACUGUGA